AAGGAAGCUGGGAACCCGGAGCCACCGCCAAACGCCAAGCACCCGCUAAGCCUGCUGCGCUCCCGGACACCCGGCUGAGUAAAGGACAGCUUCUGGGUGCUGGAGAACACAAGAGAAGCGAGUGCUCGGGUAAAAGCAAGAUGUCACAAUAGACUCUUGGCCCCCAGAGCCCACCGAAGUGAGAGGAAGAUAUCUCUGGGCUGCUUGGUUCUAGAUGGACUGAAAAGCAGCCAUGGAGAUGACCGCCGAGCAGUCCAAUGGGAGCCAAGUAUGGAUACCUUCUCCAUUUGACCUCAACGGCUCACUGGGGCCAAGCAAUGGCUCCAACCAGACUGAGCCAUACUAUGACAUGACGAGCAACGCGGUCCUCACGUUCAUCUACUUCGUGGUGUGCGUCGUUGGGCUGUGCGGCAACACGCUUGUCAUUUACGUCAUCCUCCGCUAUGCCAAGAUGAAGACCAUCACCAACAUCUACAUCCUCAACCUGGCCAUCGCAGACGAACUCUUCAUGCUAGGGCUGCCCUUCUUGGCCAUGCAGGUGGCACUGGUCCACUGGCCUUUCGGCAAGGCCAUCUGCCGUGUGGUCAUGACUGUAGACGGCAUCAAUCAGUUCACCAGCAUCUUCUGCUUGACGGUCAUGAGCAUCGACCGUUACCUGGCCGUGGUCCACCCCAUUAAGUCAGCCAAAUGGAGGCGACCCCGGACAGCCAAAAUGAUCAAUGUGGCUGUGUGGGGUGUGUCUCUGCUUGUCAUUUUGCCCAUCAUGAUAUAUGCCGGCCUCCGGAGCAACCAGUGGGGGAGGAGCAGCUGUACCAUCAACUGGCCAGGUGAAUCCGGGGCAUGGUACACAGGUUUCAUUAUCUAUGCCUUCAUCCUGGGGUUCCUGGUACCCCUUACCAUCAUUUGUCUCUGCUACCUGUUCAUUAUCAUCAAGGUGAAGUCUUCUGGUAUUCGAGUGGGAUCAUCCAAGAGGAAAAAGUCAGAGAAAAAGGUGACCCGAAUGGUGUCCAUCGUGGUAGCUGUCUUCAUCUUCUGCUGGCUCCCCUUCUACAUCUUCAACGUCUCAUCCGUGUCUGUGGCCAUCAGUCCCACCCCGGCCCUGAAAGGCAUGUUUGACUUUGUGGUGAUCCUUACCUAUGCCAACAGCUGUGCCAACCCCAUCCUGUACGCCUUCUUGUCUGACAACUUCAAGAAGAGCUUCCAGAAUGUUCUUUGCUUGGUCAAGGCAGACAAUUCAAAAUCUGGAGAAGAAGACAUCAUUGCCUGGGUGUGACCCUGGUGGAAAGCAGCUGCCCGACAGAAACCGGAAAAACCAAAACUAAAUCAAAGUCCCGUGUGUAUGUGUGCUUACACGCUACGUAAUCUUGUGAUCUGAUAUUUACAUUUGUAUAUCCCCGCAACCCCGGUCUCUGCAGAGCCAGUACACACGUCUUGUGUUUGUAAACCCAAGUAGCUAGUUCGUAUGUGUCUAGUAUAGGUGAACAUUUACCACAACGCUGAACCUGAAGAGAAGGACUCGCCAUGUCAAAGUCAAUCUAAUCU